GCAGAAAAAUAUUUGGCGGAACCGGUAAAGGUAAACAAAUGGGGUAAGUUCCAACUCGCUACCUGAAAAUAUUCAAGAAGAGGAACAUGACUUGGCCUACAACUAGAGGCACCCUUGUCCACGUAUCUGCUGCUAUAGCUUAUGGAUUGUGAACAUAUUCAUUGACAUUAUAUUACUUUCAUAACCAAAAACUAUUUCUUUUUGGAGGAUACUGAAUUGGUAUGGAACGCAGCUCAAAUGUUUGAUCAAAUGCGUGAGACACGAAAGUAGUAGAUACAGUGGGCUUCAGUUAUGUGGUGUUGGUGGAACUAUCUCCAUCAUUAACUUUAGCAAUCACAAUAGAACUUAUUUAUAAAAUAAUGCGUGUGCUUGAUAUUCCAUUCUUGCGCUUGAAGAAGAGAUUUUUGCUAGUCUAAGAAUAGGAAAUUAUAGAAAAAGAACGAGGAGAAUGUUGUUUUCAUGAAAAAAAAUUUAUAGCUAAACUCCUACUCUCUUAGUACCAUGAAAUUUAUUGCACUUAAAUCAUGUGCCCUGUUCAUUCUUUAUAUUCUUGUGAUGUUAUAGAUUUUAUCGUCAUAAACUAAUGGAAAUCAAAAGACAUGACUCCAUAGUUUACAGUGUUAUACUGUUAUUUAUGUUUCUACUUAUGCAUGAAUUAAAAUUUGAUGCCAACUAUAAUUUGGUAAUGACGAAACUUUUCGAUGAUUCUUCUAGCUGACAAAAUGUUUUUCUUUUUCUUUUCAAUUUUCUGUAUGAAUCAUCAUGAAACUUCACCACGAGUAUUAAAAUAUUCAUUUUGGAAAUAAGGAAAGCCAAAAAAUGGCCCAGAUGUCCUCUUGAAAAUGGCCGGCCUUACGUUGAAAUAUUUUAAUGAGAUGAUUAGGCCCUUUCUUUGUCAUGUCAUUGCUCUACGAAUAUAAAUAUAACUAUUUGUUUUCCUGAAAUUGAUAUUAAAUUUAUUUUGUAAUAUCUUAAGAAUUAGAAUUGGUGGUUUGUGUGAAAGGUGGAAGGCUAGUCAACUACAGUAUUCCUCGGGUGGUUGAAGUUCUUGCUUAAUAUUUGGAGGUAUUUGUUCAUUUUAAUGAAAGGAAAAUAAAUACGGAUGCUUGAUGUGAUUGAGACAGGUUGAUUCUAUCUUCCUACCUUGAACCUGUUCUCUGACAGAUCUAAGGCUUAUUUAAAUUCAACUUGGGUUUUCUCAAGUUUCAAUAAGAUGCUAAAACAAAAUUAGGUUCAAAGUCUGCUUUCAAGCUUAUCCAAUGCAAUCUUUUGCAUUAGAUGCUUUCCAUUUUCUCCUGUUUUCAUGUCUUCUUCACUUCUUCUAUCCUGCCAAAGGCCAAAUAUAUAGGUAUCAGUACUGCGAUGGUGCUUCAAAUUACAUUUAUGGUGGCAUGUAUGAACAGAACCUAAACCUAACACUCAAUUCACUUGCUGUCAAUGCUUCUAAAACCGGCUUCUACAUCACUACUAUAGGGCAGAGCCCUGAUACUGUUUAUGGCCUCAUACAGUGCCAAGGUUAUAUCUCCAAUGUAGAUUGCCAAACUUGUGCGGGCACCGCAGCUGACGAAAUCACCCAACUUUGUCAGAACAAGAAGGAAGCAUUUAUAGGAUAUAUAACUUGCUCAUUACAUUACUCUGACUCUCGCUUCUUCUCAACUGCCAAUAGUAUCCCAAGAUACGCGUUAUGUAAUGUGCAGAAUACAUCUAACCGGGCACUUUUUGAUCGCCAAUUGGGAAGUUUGCUUAAGAAUCUCUCAAACAGUGCUGCCGAUAGUCCUUCUAGAUACGCUGCAGGUGGCAUUGCUCACACAGCUUUUGUUGACAUAUAUGCUAUGCAGCGGUGCACUGGAGAUUUAGGAAUAGAUGACUGCUUCAGUUGCCUCGAAUAUAUAAUCAGUUAUAUUCCACAGACUUGCAAUGGAAGUGUGGGUGGUCAGAUAUUCUCUAUGAGUUGCAGUCUUCGGUAUGAGAUAUAUUCAUUCACUCCGUGGUCAUCACCACCUCCUCCAGCCCAAACAGCGUCUCCUCCAUCUUUGCUCCAGCCCAACUCAACUCCUAGUGCAACAACAAACUCAAAGGAUGAUGGGACAAAGAGCACUUCAAGAACCAUUGCAGUAGUGGUGACUCCUAUAGCUGUUGCCUUGGUACUGAUACCCAUCAUUUGUGGUUUCUUCAUCGGGAAAAAGGCUAAGAGAAAAGGAAAUGCUGGUCCUGAAGAAUAUGAUAAUAGGAGUAUGGAAUCGCUUUUGAUUGGACUAGAUAGAUUCAGAGUUGCAACUGGAAAUUUCUCUGAUGAAUAUAAACUUGGAGAAGGCGGUUUUGGUCCAGUUUACAAGGGAAAACUUCCUGAUGGACGAGAAAUAGCAGUCAAAAGGCUCUCGAGCAGCUCAGGGCAAGGCCUGGAAGAGCUAAAAACAGAGGUAAUGUUGGUUGCUCGACUGUUGCAUCGCAAUCUAGUAAGGUUGUUGGGCUUCUGCUUAGAAGAAGAGGAGAAGCUGCUUGUAUAUGAAUACUUGCCUAAUGGAAGCUUGGACAAAAGUUUAUUUGAUCCGAGGAAACGACUGUAUCUGGAAUGGGAGCAACGAUACAAAAUCAUUGUUGGCAUUGCUCGAGGACUACUUUACCUGCAUGAAGAUUCUCAGCUCAGAAUUAUUCAUCGGGAUUUGAAAGCCAGUAACAUUUUACUGGACGAGUCCAUGAAUCCUAAAAUUUCUGAUUUUGGUUUGGCAAGACUGUUCUCUGGAAGUCAAACUCAAGCUAAAACCAAUCGAAUUUCUGGGACUUGUGGCUACAUGGCACUAGAAUAUGCUAAAAAGGGGCACUUUUCCCCCAAAUCCGAUGUUUAUAGUUUUGGUGUUCUAGUCUUGGAAAUUGUCACUGGUCGAAAAAGCUCCAGUUUUCGCAAUUUUAUGAAUCUGCAGAGUUAUGCAUGGCAACAUUGGGUUAAUGGAACGGCUCUGGAGUUGCUGGAUCCUACUCUGGGCGACCAAUGGCCAAGAUAUGAAGUUUUGAAGUGCAUCCACAUAGGGUUAUUGUGUGUUCAGGAACAUGCAGCUGAUAGACCUACAAUGUCUGAAAUUGUCAUGAUGCUUAGCAGUUAUGCUGUAACCUUUGCAUCGCCAUUGCGGCCUGCAUUCUUUGUCCCGGUGGAAGGUUUUGAGUCAGUUUUGGCUGCUAAAAAUUAUGGUGGAGCUCAAAGGGAUGGAUCUGUGUCGGAGUCAUUGCAACAAUCUGUAAACGAAGUUUCAAUCACCGAGUUAGAUCCUCGCUAGUAUGUAAUUAUGUUGUUGCAUCAUCGUAUCAAGACAUUGUCAUAUGGUCCAAUUUCAAGUACCUUGUUGGAAAUCAAGACAAUUUUAUCAUUGGGUUAUCAAA